CUGCUCUCAGUGCCAGAAUCGAUUGUGGUAGGACAUCUUUUGCUGAGAAAUAAGCAAAAUGGAACAAAAUGGAUCUACUUCAAACACUGAUAAAAUCCACCAGAACCGUCUGUCAGAUGUCUCAGAAGAUGAAGACCAAGAUGCCGCGCUCACCAUCGUGACUGUGCUGGACAAAGUAGCCUCCAUCGUGGACAGUGUGCAGGCAAGCCAGAAGAGAAUAGAGGAGAGACACAGGGACAUGGAAAAUGCCAUCAAGUCUGUCCAGAUUGACCUAUUAAAGUUUUCACAGUCACACAGCAAUACGGGUUAUAUCAUCAACAAGUUGUUUGAGAAAACCCGCAAAGUCAGUGCUCACAUUAAAGACAUGAAGGCCCGGGUGGAGAGGCAACAAGUUCAUGUUACAAAAGUUGAAGCCAAACAAGAAGAAAUAAUGAAGAAGAACAGAUUCCGUGUGGUAAUAUUCCAGGAGAAGACUCGUUGUCCGACCUCCUUGUCUAUCGUUAAAGACACAAACCUAAGUGAGAAUCAGGAGGAGGAGGACAUCUUUGAUCCCCCGAUAGACCUCUCUUCGGAUGAAGAAUAUUCUGUUGAAGAAAGCAGAUCUGCCAGGCUUAAAAAGUCAGGCAAGGAGCACAUCGAUAAUAUCAAGAAGGCAUUUUCCAAGGAAAACAUGCAGAAGACCCGACAGAAUCUUGACAAGAAAGUGAAUAGAAUUAGAACCAGAAUAGUGACGCCAGAGAGGAGAGAGAGGCUGAGGCAGUCUGGGGAGAGGCUGAGACAGUCUGGAGAGAGGUUAAGGCAGUCAGGGGAGAGAUUUAAAAAAUCCAUUUCCAACGCAGCUCCCUCAAAGGAAGCUUUUAAGAUGCGGAGCCUGAGAAAGGCUAAAGACCGAAUUGCGGCUGACAGUCGGGAAGAUGGCCCUGAGCUGGCUGUGGACAUCCUUGCCAGGAGCGAACCUCUUAGCCCCAUUCAUGAGCUGUACAGUGAUGAGCUCAGUGAAACUGAGCAGGAGGCGGCCAGGACUGCGUUUCCUCCCAGCGAGGGAGGGGAGGCUGCAACCCCUGAGCCUUUAAAAGUUACUUUUAAACCUCAGGUCAGAGUAGAAGAUGACGAAUCGCUUUUGUUGGAUUUAAAGAAGUCAUCGUAAAGAUGAAUUAAAUCUGUGACAGAUAUAAAUCUCCCUAGUCAGCAGUUUGGUUGUGAAUAGGGUAGUUAUUUCCAUUUAUAUGCCAUUUAGGAAGGCAUAUCAUUUCUUAGGAUUAAAAUCUUCAAUGUAGUAUAAUUAUUAUGUAUGUUUUCUUACGAUUUCCCUGUGAAUUCUUCCCCUCUGAGCACAGAUGAUUCUAACAGCUUUUUUCCCUUUAUGUCAACCUUUCUAAUGGCAGCUGGGAUUUUUAAGUUCCUUUCCUUUGCCCAUCAAAAACCAGUUUCCUAGCUUAGGCUAAUUAGGUAUUUGGUCAUCUGAAACAAAUGAGGGACGAAUCUGUGGCUGUUGUUUGCAAGUGAACUUUCUAGAUAACGUGUGGACUUCAUCCAGAUGUUCACAUCAACAGAUGCAUCAAUAAAUUAGCAUUUACACCCCUCCUUUGAUACUUAUGCAUUAAAAUAAUUGAAGUUUUGGGACUUAAGCAGUUGGCUAUAGCAUCAUAGCUUUACUUCUUGUAAAGGCAACUGGCCAAGUCAUCUGCUGUUCUCAGCGAUAAAAAUGGGGGUUAGCCUGUUCUGCCCUUUCCGAAGCCUGCUCUGAAGAUCAAAGGAAAUAUUAUGCAUCCUGGAGAACAAGAAAGCAAGCAAAGAAAGAAAAGUUAGAAAGAAAAAAGUCUGACAUAAUUUCCCUUGCUGGAAAAACCCCGCACCAAGCGCCGAGGUCCGAGGUUGGACAGAAACAAAAGUAGGUCUGCAGAAGCCUUCCCACAGAAGCAGGAGUGAAAAAAAAGAAACAUUUAGAUAACUUUUCAUCAGAUUGGAGCCAAGUCAUGGUCUUUGUCGGAUCUUGAAAUGUUCCCUGGAAAGAACCUUUUGAUUUGAUUGAGAUCUGUCCUAGAUUACAACU